AUGUCUCUCUUUGACUCGUUUUUUUCUUUCUUUCUUUUAUCAGUUGCACCUUCUAUUUAUCUGUUUUUGUUUUCUUUCUCUUACUUUCUAUCACUUCUUCGUCUUUCCUUCCUUUUCUUUUUUUUUUUCAUUCUUUUUUUUCGUCUUCAUUUUUUUUUCUUUUUUUUCUUUCUUUUUUUUUUCCUUUUUUUUUUGUUCUGUCCUUACUUCCACUUUCAAUUUUUUUUUUUUAUCCCUUUUCUCUUUUUCCAUUCUGUCACUUCCUUCCUUUUCUUUCCUUCCUUCCUUCCUUCCUUUUCUUUUUCCUUCCUUCUUUUUUCUUUCUUUCCUUUUCCUUCCUUUUUCUUUUCCUUUUUUUCUUUCCUUCUUUCCUUUCUUUCCUUCCUUUUUCCUUUUUCCUUCCUCCCUUUCCUUUUUUCCCUUUUUCUUUCUUUCCUUUCUUUUUUUUCCCUUUUUUUUUUCUUUUGUUUUUUCUUUUUUUCCUUCCUUUUCUUUCUUCCUUUCCUUUCUUUUUUUUCCUUUUUUUUUCCUUUCCUUCUUUUUCCUUUUUUCCUUUCUUUCUUUCCUUCCUUUCUUUUCUUUUUUCCUUUUUCUUCCUUUUUUUCCUUCCUUCCUUCCUUUUCUUUCUUUCCUUUCUUUUUUUCCCUUCUUUUCUUUUUUUCCUUCCUUUUUUCCUUUCCUUCCUCCUUCUUUUUUUCCUUCCUUCCUUCCUUUCCUUCCUUCCUUCCUUUCCUUCCUUCUUUCCUUCCUUUCCUUCCUUCCUUCCUUCCUUCCUUUCCUUCCUUUUUUCCUUCCUUCCUUUUUUUUUCCUUCCUUCCUUCCUUUCUUUCUUUUCUUCCUUCCUUCCUUCCUUCCUUUCUUUUAAAUCCUUCCCUUCCUUCCUCCUUCCCUCCUUUUUCUUUCCUUCCUUUCUUUCUCCUUUCUUUCUUCCUUCCUUCCUCCCUCCUCCCUUCCCUUCCUUCUUUCCUCCCUUCCUUGCUUUACUUUUCCCUUCCUUCAUCCUUCCUCCCUUCCUCCCUCCUUCAUACCUCCCUUCCAAUACUAUUUUCCACUUAG